AUGUUGUGCUGCGGAGGUGCAGAAGAGGAUAUUAGUGGUCCACCUGCAAACCAAUACAGUGCAUCACCUCAAGGGGGUAAUACAUACGGUGGUGGUGGAGGCGGAGACAGAGGAGAGCCAAGGGGCAAUGGUGUGAAGAGUGGUGCUCCACAAAAAAUAUUACCAAUUGAAAUACCAGCAAUUUCAUUGGAUGAAUUAAAUCGGUUAACAGACAACUUUGGUACAAAUGCCUUAAUUGGAGAAGGUUCCUAUGGAAGGGUUUUCCGUGCUAAGUUGAGCGAUGGCAUGGAUGCUGCAAUUAAGAAGCUUGAUACUAGUUCUUCACCAGAACCUGACUCUGAUUUUGCAGCACAGUUAUCAGUUGUUUCAAGACUGAAGCAUGAUAAUUUUGUGGAGUUGAUGGGAUAUUGUCUGGAGGCAAAUAACAGAAUUUUGGUUUAUCAAUAUGCAAGUCUGGGUUCUUUGCAUGACAUAUUACAUGGAAGGAAAGGAGUGCAAGGGGCUGAACCUGGUCCAGUUUUAAACUGGAACCAGAGAGUAAAAAUUGCAUUUGGUGCAGCAAAAGGGCUUGAAUAUCUUCAUGAGAAGGUUCAGCCUUCUAUAGUUCAUCGCGAUGUUAGAUCCAGCAAUGUCUUACUCUUCAAUGACUAUGAUGCCAAGAUUGCAGAUUUCAACUUGACAAAUCAGUCUUCUGACACUGCAGCUAGGCUACAUUCAACAAGAGUCUUGGGAACAUUUGGUUACCAUGCUCCAGAGUAUGCCAUGACUGGUCAGAUAACCCAGAAAAGCGAUGUUUAUAGUUUUGGAGUUGUGCUUUUGGAACUCCUGACAGGAAGAAAGCCAGUGGACCAUACAAUGCCUAAAGGGCAACAAAGUCUUGUGACAUGGGCAACUCCAAGACUGAGUGAGGACAAAGUGAAACAAUGUGUGGAUCCUAAGCUAAACAAUGAGUACCCGCCAAAGGCAAUUGCUAAGUUAGCAGCGGUUGCAGCACUUUGUGUUCAGUAUGAAGCUGACUUCAGGCCCAACAUGACGAUUGUUGUCAAAGCUCUACAGCCACUUCUCAAUUCAAAACCAGCUGGCCCUGACUCUAAUGCUUGA